GUCGAGAAGCCGAGCGACGCCCUGGGCCAGCACCCGCCGCCCGUUGCCACCAGCAAAAAGGAACAAGACCGCCUGUUACGAGGUCGGCCUGACCAGCCGCAGAACCCCAAGAUUUUAAGAAUUGCCAUCAUCGGAGCACCCAACGCUGGGAAGUCCACACUCUCUAAUCAGCUCUUGGGCAGAAAGGUGUUCCCUGUCUCUAAGAAGGUGCACACAACGCGAUGCAAAGCCCGGGGCGUCGUCACCUACGAGGACACACAACUGAUUAUUCUGGACACACCCGGCCUGACUGAUCCCCUUAAAGCCAAAAGACAUAAAUUAGAUGAAGCCAUGCUGACAGACCCAUGGGACAGCAUGAAACAUGCAGAUUUAGUUCUGGUUUUGGUGGACGUGUCGGACCACUGGACACGAAACUCUCUGAGCAAGGAGGUGCUGAAGUGUCUUUCUCAGUUUCCCCAGAUCCCCAGUGUCCUGGUUCUGAACAAGGUGGAUCUGCUAAAGAAUAAGUUCAUCCUGCUGGAUCUAGUAACUGAGCUCACAGAGGGAAUUGUAAAUGGAAAGAAACUGAAAGCGAGAUUUGAGUUCAAACGUGAUUCCAGUUCUUCAGUGAAGGCUCCUCUUCAGAUCACUCAGGCUUCUCCACCUGAGAACAGGGCCCCCGAGUCUCACCAUCUGCAGAAAAAAGAUCAAGUCCAAGACAGUUCUAGCCUGGACAACAGCAGUGACACGAGGGCUUCAGAGUCCAAUCUUGUCACAGAAGCAGAACAAGGGCCAAAGCACUGUGGACCCAGAGAUGUAAAAAACAUGAAAGGCUGGCCGUGCUUUCAGGAGAUCUUCAUGCUGGCAGCUCUCCAUGGGGAGGAGGUGGAUACGCUCAAGAGGUACCUCCUGAUGCAAGCCAAGCCAGGCCGCUGGGACUUUCACAGUGGAGUCUUGACCAGCCAGUCACCUCAAGAAAUCUGUAAUAAUAUCAUUAGGGAGAAGUAUCUGGAGUAUCUGCCACUAGAAGUGCCCUACGGCGUGACUCAGGUGACAGAGAUGUGGGAGGAAGGACCGAGCGGGGAGCUCCUCAUUGUGCAGAACCUUCUGGUCCCAAGGAAGUCUCAUAUGGUGAUGAGUAAGGGUGAGUGCGAUGAUGUUCUCUUUGGGUUUUAAUACAGAUGAUGAAAAGGUAAGGUUAUCAGCAGGAUUGCGCAGGAGGCUGCCCAGGACCUAAUGAACGUUUUCCUGUGUGAUGUCCGCUUGAAGCUCAAGGUGGAGUUGAAGAGUUGA